CAAACUUCCUCCCACUGAUCUAGAACUGUACCUCAUCAUAUUUUAAUCGCACAUUGAUCACACCACUAACCCUGAUCAGUGGCGGCUAGCUCACACUCCCAGUCCCAGAGCCUCACUACUCGUCCUGCCCUUUUGACUCCCGGUCUCCCACCCCCUCUUCACACAAAUCAAAGCACAACGGAGGGAAACCCCAAGCCACUACACUAGUGUUCCUCCACUUCUCCUCUCGUCUCUCUCGCGUCUCGCGCGCGCUCGCGGGAAAUGCCAUUGUAGAGGUAGCUGGAGCUGAAGCGGGGGAGGGGAAGCUAGGGAGUGGGAUCGAUGGGUUGCUGCGUCAGCAAGAAGAGCGAUGAGCUUCUGCCGGGGUCCGCGGCGGCGGCGGCGGGGGAGGAGGUAGAGGCUCCCCGGCGGCGGGUGGAUCAGGCGCGCGACCCGCCGCCGACGGAGGAGGAGAAGGUCAAGGAGGUGCUCUCCGAGACCCCGGCACCCAGCGCCAGGGCGAGGCCGCGGCAGAGGCGUGUUGCGGGCGCCGUGGCGCCGUCGGUGGAGCGAGGAGGAGGAGGAGGGGAGAAGGUGGCCAGGGCGAAGGAGGGUGGUGGUGGUGGUGGUAGGGUGAGGGCGCGUCGAGCGGUCGGGGCGGAGCGUGCCACCAGCGAGAAGUCGGAGGCGGCCUCGGAGUCGUCGGUGGCUACCACGGCCACGGGGCCCGAGCGGUCACCGGGGAAGCCGGCCAGGAAGCGCGCCGUCGUGUCCGGCGAACUCGGCCGCGCCAGGCGGGACAGGGGACCCGCUGCGGCUGUUCACGGCGCCGGCCGCCCCGGGGGAGGCCGCGCGUCUCCCUCCCCGCCGCCGCCGCCGCGUCGCGAGCCUGGCGAGCGGCCCACCCGGAGGUCCCCGUCUCCCGCCACGAAACGGCCACCGGACCAGCGCCGCACCGCCGCCUCGGCCGGCGCUGCUGCCGGUGCCGCCUCGGGCCCCCAGCGGAAGCCGCCCGUCCCCCCGAGGCCGUGCGGCCGCGCCUCGCCGCGGCGCGCGCAGGAGACGAACUCACCGGCGUCGUCGACGACCACGACGCAAUCGCGCGGGCCUCCUCCGCAUUGCUCGUCCCCACCGCCACCGCAGGAUGCCGGUGCCUCCGCCGCCGGCGCCGGCGAGGAAGUGGCCGGCGGCCGCGGCGAGGGGAAGGAGUCGCUAGACAACCCUUCGGUGGCCAUGGAGUGCUUCAUAUUCCUCUAGCUCUCUAAUCCUCUCAUUUCCCAGUCCAAAGCAAGAUUAGGAGUAAUUAAUUAAGUUUAGGAGAUGUUGUUAUGAUGACACCGUAAUCACGCUGGUAAAUUUUCCUCCUUGGGUUGGAUUUUUUAUCCCUAGGAAGAAGCCAAUCUCAGCUUUAUAUAUGUACUGUACUAAGCAGCGCCGUCUGAUACAGAUUGGAUGGCUUGGAUGUGCUUUUGUAGUCUACACUGUGUCUAGCUUCUGUAUGAUCAUCGUGCAACAUUGAAGCCACUGCUCGUGUGUUUUUUUUGGGUAUCCAUGGCUCCACAUGGUUUCCUUCUUCCAUGGUCCAUGAAACGAUCUGUUCUGUUCACUUGGGCAUUCAUUGAAUGAAACCUUGCAUAAUGUAUUACUCCUACAUGCUCAAAGACAAGGUA